AUCCUUCCAAAAACCAGUUUUUCAAUACAUAAGUUUUCCCUGAGCAAAAAAUGGGUUCAAAGACACUUCUUUUCCUUUUCAUUUCCUUGGCUAUAGCCUUAAUGAUUACCUCAGAGGUUGCUGCUAGGGAAUUGGCUGAGACUUCCACGUCUGUUGACAAUUCUAAUGCAGUUGAGACUGAUGGCUACGGAGGGUACCGUGGAGGAGGAUAUGGAGGGUACCGCGGUGGUGGAUAUGGGGGCUAUCCAGGAGGAGGUUAUGGAGGAUAUCAUGGGGGUGGAUAUGGAGGGUACCCGGGUGGUGGCUAUGGCGGCCGUGGUGGUUAUGGAGGAUAUCACGGGGGUGGAUAUGGAGGACGUGGUGGCGGCUAUGGAGGACGUGGUGGUGGCGGCCAUGGUGGACAUCCUGAUGGGGCUGUUGAUGCAGAGACUGAGAACUAAUAAAGCCAGCAUCUAGCUAGGUCGUGAUUACUCAUCAAUGCUUAAACAGGCUCAGUAGUUUGUAGUGUCAAAUAGAAAUAACAGCUUGACGAGUGAUCAUGCAAUAUGGACUCUAUGUAUUUGCAAGCUAGUUCAAUAUUUCGAGUAUGUGUGUGUGUAACUGUGUGUCUCUUGUAUGAGCGCUUCUGAUGUGAUGGCAAAAUAUUCUCAUGCAUUAUGAAGCAGGUUUACUUAUGUUUCACUAAAAAGUUGAGUUAUGUUUA